CGCCGUGAAUAUCCAUCAAGGAAUCCGAGCAGCCCACUGGAUCGCCGCGCGGCGGACCGCGUCGCUGCGUCGCUCCCCUCCUCCUGCCUGCGCCGUACGUUACAUUAGCAGCCGCUCCUCCGCACGAGCCGACGUCCACGGCGCGGCGACACGAGUGCGCACCGCGGGCUCGAGAGCGAAGCGCGGCGGCGGCAGGACGGACGGACGGACGGACGGACGGACGGCGGCGAGGGGCACCGGAGCGACGCGCCCGCCUUUGUUGAGCACCGGCGGACCGGAAGCUGGAUUUGCCUCUGCCUCGGCUUCGGAUCGGGGUCUAGGACAACUUCGCACGGGACAAAACCCGCCUCCCUUCGCGUCGUCCGCCGACUCGUUUCGCCCGGCGCGUUGACGCCAGCGGAAAAAAACGGGGCGAGCGGAGGCUGCCGCCGGAGGAGCGCGCUUGACAGAUUAGACGACAUGCACACGCACGCGCUCCCGUCCGCCAGCUGCACGGGAUGAACGCAAACAAAGCGGCUCGCGACCGUUGUCCCCCCCCCCCCGGUGUGAUUUUUUUUUUUCAUUGCGAGCUUAAAAUGCGGCAGCGUGGGUCGCGGAUAAACGGAGUCGAGGAAGCGGUGCCGCGCCGCACGCGGGAGGCUUCGCACCGUAGGGCAGCGUGUUAUUGACGAUCCGCGCGACGUGGAAUAAUGCGUUAAGACACAAGUUUGCCCACAUGCCUGACGGGCUGCGAGACGUUUGACUGCCUCACAUCAGAGUCAAUAUACCCGUUAGACCGCGGGGCGCUACAGCGACCCUGCUGUUCCUGAAUAGAGCUCCAGUGAACGGCAAAGCCAUUUGUGUGGCGUUUCAUGACUUCCACACAUCCGAACCCACGUCUCGCCGUCUCUCGGCGUCAGUGAUCGUGCUCCGUGGACGCCCCCCCCCCCUCCUUCCCCGAAAGCCGCGGAGCUGUGUUGCCAGAUGAUUGGUAAAUUGUAAUGUAGGCAGGCCCAACUUUUGCGUGUGCGGAUCCGUUCGAUAGCGAGGUCAAAGGCAGCGGUGGCCGCCUCGCGUGUCACCGGGAGCAGACCGACUUUUCUCGGGCGCACGUGUCAAGGCGGCGGCGGCGGCGGCGGAACGUCCUCGGUGCGCGGAGACCGUCAACGCGGUGCGGAACCGGAGGAGAUUCUAUAAGGCGGCGUCUGAAGGAAAGUUUCGAUGGUGUUCCGAAAGUUGCCCGGUGUGUCGGCAUCGGGCAUGGGUCUGCGUCUGUCCCAGAAGUUCGUCUUUCUGCUCUUCCUCUCCGGUCUGGUCACGCUGUGUUUUGGGGCGCUCUUCUUUUUGCCGGACUCGGUCCGGUUAAAACGCAUUUUUCUGUCCAAGACAGAGACCCAGCCGGUGACCGUCGGCUCCGAGAACGAUGCCAGGGAGCACUUAAAACGGCCCAGGGAGCAGGGCUUGACCUCGGCCAAGGGGGAGACCAGCACCCGGCUGAAGGUCCUCAGCCGCAAACCGGCGCUCCCCCGCGACGCGCCCGAGGAGCGCGUGGCCGGCGGCGGAGCGCAGGAGGAUUUUACCCUGCCCCGGUCCAAGACGGAGUCCUCCUCGGAGAGAGCGACCUCCUCCGACCGCGGCUCCGGCUCGGAUACGUACGCGUACAAGAAGUUCAAGAGGUGCCUGCUCAAAGCGCCGCUGGGCAGAAGCAACGGGAGACCGAGCGACCCGAAGACCAGCGAGCGCCGGGAGAAAGUCAGAGAGAUGAUGAAGUUUGCCUGGGACAACUACAAGCACUACGCAUGGGGCAAGAAUGAGCUGCGGCCUUUGACGAGAAACGGCCACAUUGGAAACAUGUUCGGUGGCCUGAGAGGAGCAUCCAUCAUUGACUCACUGGACACACUGUACAUUAUGGGACUGAUGGAAGAGUAUAACGACGCCAAGGAGUGGGUCCAGACGAGCCUCGACCUGAACUCGAACGGCGAGGCGUCGCUCUUUGAGGUGAACAUCCGGUACGUCGGCGGCUUGCUGUCAGCGUACUACCUGACAGGAGAGGAGUUGUUCAAGAAUAAAGCAGUGGAGCUGGGAGAGAAGCUGCUGCCUGCCUUCAACACGCCAACAGGGAUCCCCCGAGGAGUCAUCAACCUGGGGAGCAGUGGCACCAGUUGGAGCUGGGGCUGGGCCUCAGCCGGGAGCAGCAUCCUGGCUGAGUUUGGCACCCUGCACCUGGAGUUCGUCCAUCUCACCGAGUUGUCUGGAAACCAGGUCUACACCGAGAAGGUGAUGAACAUCAGGAAACUUCUCAACAAAAUUGAGAAGCCCCACGGCUUAUAUCCAAACUUCCUCAGUCCAGUUAGCGGCAACUGGGUGCAACAUCACGUUUCCAUCGGAGGCCUCGGGGACAGUUUCUACGAGUAUCUGAUCAAAUCGUACCUGAUGUCGGACAAAACGGACGACGACGCCAAGCAGAUGUACUACACCGCGAUGGAGGCCAUUGAAGCCAACCUGGUGCAGAAGUCGCCCGGGGGUCUCACCUACAUGGCCGAGUGGAGGGGAGGCAUCCUGGACCACAAGAUGGGCCACCUGGCCUGCUUCUCCGGGGGCAUGAUCGGCAUCGGGGCCGACGACGGGGCUGCAGACAAGAGGCAGCACUACCUGGACCUGGCUGCCGAGAUCACACACACCUGCCACGAGAGCUACACCAGGACAGCCACAAAGCUUGGGCCUGAGGCGUUCAGAUUUGAUGGCGGAGCCGAAGCCACGGCCACCAGACUGAGCGACAGAUACUACAUCCUGCGGCCGGAAGUCAUCGAGAGCUACAUGUACAUGUGGAGACUGACCCAUGACCCCAAGUACAGGGAGUGGGGCUGGGAGGCCGUGGAGGCCCUGGAGGAGCACUGCAGAGUGGAGUCUGGCUUCUCCGGCAUCCGAGACGUUUACACCAUGACAGUCAGUCACGAUAACAUGCAGCAGAGCUUCUUCCUCUCAGAGACACUCAAGUACUUGUACCUGCUCUUCUCCGACGACGACCUCAUCCCUCUGGACGACUGGGUGUUCAACACGGAAGCUCACCCGCUGCCCAUCGUGCGCAGGAGCUGCCUGCAGGAGGACGCGCCACAGGACAAGACGGCCUCCAAAUGAGCCCGAGCAUCUGGGACGGUCGCAGACGCGUCCGCACGCCGCGCGUGCACGUGCACGGACGCCGUCACACCAGUUCAGAGCAGGCGGGGGCUUUCGGGGGCGCUCUGGACCCCGUUCCUUUCCAGUAAAGGCGGUUGAGGUUUUACGCUGUGAUUGUAUGUCCUUCGCCGGGGUUAUUUCCUGCUGGCACUUUUUUUGUGGACAAUCAAGAAAAACACGACUUUUCGGAAAAGAGCACUUUUUUCUUUCCUUCUUUCCUCUGUGAGGAAACCAGUAUAACUUGCAGACCCAAAUGUAUGGGAGGAGUGUUGAACCGUGGGCCAUAUUGUAGAGAGAGAAGCGUAGUUUUGCUCUUUGAUUCCGUUGUUUCGUUGAUCUUGAGUCUUCGUCCAGGCAUUUCUUUCCUAUGUGAGAACACUCUGACCAAAGGUUUCUUUGCAUUUCUAUUCUCCUCUUUUCCAGUAAUGUGUUGUUGUGAGCUUUGACAGAAAGUUAAAUUUACUACACAGGACUGAAUUGUAAUGGAUAUCGAUUAAUGUACAAACAAACAUCAAAUAAGAUCCUUGAGCUCACCUCCAAACUAAUGUUGAUGUCAUGUUUCUUACGGAAACAAGCUUGAAUGAUUUUUUUUUUUUUUAAGUCGGGGCGUCAGGAAAGUGGCUCAUGCUUCCAGGGACCAUUUUAUAUAAACGAUGCUGGGUCGUGUUGCGUGGGUGACGUUUUGAGCAGGACCGUGCGAUCUCAGCCGCUGAAGAUGGAGCCGUGUCAGUCCCGUGACUGUGAUACAAGCCUGAGCUUCAGCUCUGACUGGGGCUCCCGUUUCUGUUGUAGUUUCACCCUCCACCCGGCCUUCACGCGCGUUGGAGGCGGGCGCAGCGCGGAGACGCCUUUUCUUUUCCAUCGCUGUUCUGUUCAUGGCCACUGUCCUGCACAGUCGUGGAGCGAAUGUGCUGUACAUACAGAUGACGCGAGUGACCCCUGUACGAGCUUGUCUUAACUUUAUUUUGUGAUUUUUCUUUCUUUCCUAAACUUCAGUGGUUCUUUUUUUCUGGGUUCUCUUGAUUUGCUUCCCUCAGGUGUUUCAGUAAAAAAACAAACAUAAAAAAACUAAAAUUCAGAUUUUAAGUCUAGUUAUUGCUGAUAUUAAUUAUUGUUAUUACCUAUUCUUACUGUUUGAUUUAACUUUAAUUGUUGAAUAUUUUCAAAUACUGAUUAAAAGAAGAUCUGUGCAACUUUGUACAUUUAAAACAA